CCACUAUUAUCCCCAGCCUUUGCGUCUGCACGCCCUCUGAAGCAUCUCGUCACUUCAACAUUCUCCCACCGACGUUCGCGCUCACGCUCUCUCUUAGUUCAAUCCGCCAUUGUUACCAGCUCUACUUUCCUCACGGGUAACUCACGGUCAUCGAGGAUGCAGCAAUUCUGGUCUGGGAAUAGCAUCAACAGGAACAAAGCAAUGGUGGAGAAUUUGCAACGCUAUGGAGUUGUGUCAUCAAAAAAGGUAGCUGAGGUUAUGGAGACUGUAGACAGAGCUUUGUUUGUGCCCGAUGGGACUCCACCUUAUGUUGACAGUCCCAUGGCAAUAGGCUACAAUGCCACUAUAUCUGCACCUCAUAUGCAUGCCAUGUGUCUGGAGUUGCUGGAGCAGAAGUUGCAGCCCGGGAUGCAUGCUCUGGAUGUUGGCUCUGGAACCGGCUAUCUUACGGCAUGCUUUGCUUUGAUGGUUGGACCCCAAGGUCGUGCUGUCGGUGUGGAGCAUAUUCCCGAAUUAGUUUCUUCUUCAUUGGAGAACAUUCAGAAAAGUGCUGCAGCUCCACUGUUGAAAGAUGGUUCCCUCUCGGUGCAUGUUGGUGAUGGAAGGGAAGGUUGGCCAGAGCAUGCUCCGUACGAUGCCAUACAUGUUGGAGCAGCAGCACGAGAAAUCCCCCAACCACUCAUAGAUCAGUUGAAGCCUGGAGGUAGACUGGUGAUUCCUGUGGGGAACAUAUUUCAGGAUUUAAAGGUGAUUGACAAAAAAUCUGAUGGUUCUAUCAGUGUCAGGAGUGAGACUUCUGUUCGUUAUGUGCCUCUCACAAGUCGAGAUGCUCAACUGCGAGGCCACUGAUCUGGGGGCAAAAUCCCAAGUUAAAAGAAGGCUGCCUAAUACAAAUAUUUCUGUUUCAUAUGGUUGGAUGUCCGAGUUGCUGUAAGAAGUUGCGUAAGUUGAUGUGCACCUUCCACUCAUAAAUAGUUUGUAGACAUCACAUGUUGUCGUCAUAAUAUGACAUACAGACCGCCUUCUGUACAGUUUUAUUUCCUCUCAAUAACAUAAUAGUAGUGAAUA